GAUCGGCGAAGCGAAUUUUUAUGCGUAGGCGCAUCAAGGUGUAUAAGGACACAUGGGUUAUCUCAACAUUGUGUUUUCCUCAACGAACCAGAGAGUGGAACAGAUAUGGAAGGGAAGAUGAUCAUAGCACCGCUGGUGCUUCUGGUGUUGGUGUUUGGUGCUGAAGCCCAACGGUACUUGAACUACAGUCCCCGUGGCUACUACGGACGCAAUCUGUACGAGAACGGGAGGUCGAUAUCGGACGAGCUGGUCCGGUGCGGCCCCAACACGUGUGGGGUGGGCGCUCACUGCACGCACGGCAGCGUGCGACCAGUGUGCGCCUGUCUGCCGGGCUACUCCGGGGACCCGCUGUCGCAGUGUAUCAAGAUUGAGUGUGUCGACAACAGCGAAUGCCGUGGACACCAGGCCUGCGUCAACCAACACUGUAUCAACCCUUGCGAUGGAGCCUGCGGUUCUCACGCCAACUGCGAUGUCCGUCAACAUUUGCCGGUAUGCUCUUGCCCACCCGGAUACACAGGAAACCCCUUCACAGCCUGCAGAAUUGCUGAUCCAGAGGAGGCCUGCCACCCAUCUCCAUGUGGAGCCAACACUAACUGCCACGUCGCCAACAACCAAGCUAUCUGUACCUGUCUUCCCGGAUACAGAGGCAGUCCAUUGAAUGGCUGUAGACACGAAUGUGAUUCAGAUAGUGACUGUAAUACUCAGCAAUCUUGUCGGGACUUUAAAUGCGUUAGUCCCUGCAGCGACUGCGGUGUGAAUGCCGACUGUGAAACCGUUGCGGCUCAUCGCGCCGUCUGCAAGUGCCCUAGGGGUUACCACGGAGAUCCCUACCGUAUCUGUUCAGCGGAAUGUACUUCAGACUCCGAAUGCCCCAGCUACAAGCCUGCCUGUAUCUACAAUGCCUGUGUCAACCCCUGCACAAACGCUUGCGGCGUGAACGCUGACUGCAACCUCCGUGGUUUGACUCCCGUCUGUUCUUGUCCUAAGACCAUGACUGGCGAUCCCUUCACUUUCUGCAGACCUUUCGAAGCCCGUGAUCUGUGUGAACCCAACCCUUGCGGCGCAAACGCCAAGUGCACACCCGGCCACGACCGUACCGGUGCAGAACGCCCCGUCUGUACAUGCCCUACCGGCUACCGUGGCAACGCGCUAGUCUCUUGUGAAAAGGGUGAAUGCGAACUGGACUCUCAAUGUCCAGACCACUUGGCGUGUGUCGGCUACGAGUGCGUGGACCCUUGCCUAGGAAACACACAGUGCGGUUCUGGUGCCGUCUGUAUGGCUCGAAGACAUAUAGCUGUCUGUACUUGUCCAGGAGAUCACCAUGGUGACGCACUCGUGAGCUGUUACCAAACCCACUCGGAAGCAGCGUCCACUCGCUACUACAGAUACAAACGCAAUGGCAACUUCACCGAACAAGAACCGGAAGUGCCAUCUAAAGUCACUGAGAGUGUUGUGCUUGACUCGACCUCGAAACCUAGCUCCGAAGUAGACGAGAAAAAAGAAUAAACUGCCAUUAAAUAUGCCUUAAUAAAUGAUAAACUUUUAGUUUUCUUAAAUAUGAUGUCUCGUAUUCCGAAAUAAAUUAAUAUUAAUAUUUUUA